GCAGUGCCGCGGCCAGCCCGACCUCUCACCGAGGACCCCGGUAACCAUGGUGCGCAAACUGAAGUACCACGAGCAGAAGCUGCUGAAGAAAGUCGAUUUUAUCUCCUGGGAGGUGGACAAUAACCUGAGCGAGGUGAAGGUGCUACGCCGGUACCGCAUCCAGCGCAGAGAGGAUUACACCAAGUACAAUAAGCUGAGUCGAGAAGUUCGAGAUUUGGCAUGCAAGAUCCGAGACCUAAAUGAGAAAGACUCCUUCCGAGUCAAGUGUACCAACCAACUAUUGGAAAAACUAUACUCAGCAGGCCUGAUCCCCACAAAGCAAGGACUGCAUCUUUGUGAGAGAGUGUCAGCUUCAUCUUUCUGCAGGAGGCGUCUCCCCACCAUCAUGGUGAAACUUCGGAUGGCUCAGAACCUAAAAACAGCAAUUACCUUCAUUGAACAAGGACAUGUGCGGGUUGGACCAGAAGUAAUAACUGACCCAGCCUUCCUGGUGACAAGAAAUACGGAAGACUACAUAACCUGGGUGGACUCAUCGAAAAUCAAACAGCAUGUAAAGGAGUACAAUGAAGAGAGAGAUGACUUUGACCUGGUUGUCUAGUUCCAUUCCUGUGUGCUGCCCUGUGCAUUACUUGGUUUAACUAAAGUGAAUAUCAUCUUUGGUGUCCCAUACUGACUGCAAUCCCCAUUGGUGAAGCAUCUGAUAUGAUGGCUCAAGGCUAUAUGAUGGAACAACAGAUUUAUGAAAUUCUCAGUGGUUAAAAUCAGAGACCAAGGAACGUCCAUUUUCUCUGCACACUCAUACUUUUGAUGUUGCAAUAUAAACUCUAAGAUGUUCAAAUUUUUUCAGUAUGGUUGACUGUCACUAAUUAGUUACAAUAAUUUAUUUUCCCAGUGUUGGCAUAGUUCAUCUGAAAACAGAUUUUGAUGAUCCGUUGAAUGGAUCCGAAUAAGUGUCCCAACCUUAUCAUUAGCUACAGUAUUAUCUUUGUUUUGCUAGUUUAUUGGGAAAGUUUCUGUGAACCGUUCCUUCAAGUGCACCAUAAUGUGCACACUGAACUAAUGCUGUCUAACUGGUAGCAUGUAUGUUGUGUCAGUGCAGUCCAAUCAUUAAUCUGAUGGUCCUGAAUAUAUUCUGAAGUACAAGCCCACAAGGAAAGUGUGCUCUGUAGUUAUCUUCCUGAUGAGUUCAAGUACACACGCAUUCAAGAAAUGAAUAUCAACAGUUCUGCUUUAUGUGACUGGUUGGUAAUUGUGCACUGGCCUCAAAUACAAUCAGCUGAUGAACAGCAUUGUUGCUCCACAUCCAAAUCCAGCCUGAACCCCAUUGCCAGCCUGCCAGCAACCCACAUACAUGCACACACCUUAUCUGUGAUCCUAAGAAGACUGGCAAAAUAUUCCAGUCCCAAAAUUUGAAUCAAAAUCAAAAGAUUCUUUUUCAGCAGAGAAGAUUAUGUUUGCUUUCAGCAUCAGAAGGCUGAUUAUGUAUUGAGGGGGACUGAAACAUCAACGGAUUCCAAAUGUUGAUACUGCUGAAUAGAUGUGCUAAUUAAUGUACAAACUAGUAUCACUUCUUCGUUUUUGAGACUGAUAUUUCAGCUUCACAAGUAUUUGUUAUUCUCUGCAUAGAAAAGGGUCACAGCGUCUUCUGAUGGUGUUUUUCAAUUUUUCAAAGCAUUUCAACAAAUAAAUUUUUACUCUUCAUGUA